AUGAGUAGACGACCCGGACCACCGUCGAUCGAUGGCCUUUAUUCUCUAAAGAUUGAUAAUAUAUCAUAUCAGACGGCACCACAAGAUUUACGUCGUUUAUUCGAGAAGUAUGGUGAAAUAGGUGACAUCCACAUUCCGCGCGAUCGUUAUACCAAACAAAGUAAAGGAUUUGGUUUCGUACGCUUUUAUAGUCGACGAGAUGCCGAAUACGCGAUGGAUCGUAUGGAUGGACGGUGGGUCGAUGGUCGUGAGAUCCGUGUUGCCAUGGCACGUUAUGAACGUCCGAUCGAUGAACGUAGUCGUAAUGGUGGUAGUAGUUACAGAAGCAGUCGACGGCGGCCGUGGUUUGCUGCUGCUGCUGUUGCUGCUGCUGCUAAUCACCGAGAUACAGUGUAG